GGCAUAUAAAUGUGACUGUGGAACAGUCUCAAAUGAAAAUAGUAAACCUUUCAGUUUGGGGUGUAAACUGUAUGAAAAGACACUGAAAAGACUGAAAACACUAAAACUAAAAGGACACAUGCUCUUCUCUUGCAAGGUGUGUCUAUCAGCAGUUAUGGUUCAGUUCUCAAGGGGUGUCACCUGGAUGAGCUAUGUUGGAACAACUGUAGGAGGAUUUGUUCUUUUGAAGUACAUUUAUGGUGGGGCAAGAUAUGAAGAAGAUACUCAGAUCCCAGGCAAAACUGUGAUUAUUACCGGUGCAAGCAGUGGCAUUGGGAAAGCAACUGCAUUGGAACUUACUAAAAGAGGUGCUCGUGUGAUCCUUGCAUGUAGAGACCUGAAAGCAGCAGAGGAGGUAAAAACCAAGAUUAUUGAAGAGACCAAUUCUUCUCUGGUUUUUGUGAAAAAGCUGGAUUUGGCAUCUCUGACCUCAAUCAGGAAUUUUGCUGCAGAUAUUAACAAGACCCAGAAAAGAGUUGAUGUCUUGAUCAACAAUGCAGGAGUAAUGUACUGCCCACAGUCAGUCACCAGAGAAGGAUUUGAGAUGCAUUUAGGAGUCAACCAUUUUGGUCCUUUCUUGUUGACCAAUUUAUUACUAGACAAAAUGAAGCAAUCCAAGCCAAGCAGAAUAAUAUGUGUCAAUGACUCUGUGUAUAAGGAUGGACAAAUAGAUUUUAAAGAUUUGAACUGCAAGAAGUUUUAUGAUGAACGACAUGCCUACAGACAGAGCAAGCUGGCUAAUAUGUUGUUUGUUAAUGAGCUGGAUAGAAGAUUAAAAGAUACAGGAGUCACAGUAAAUGCUGUCAACCCAGGAAUCUGUAAUACAAAAAUCCACAGACAUUCAAAAACAUACCAUUCCAUAUUUUUGGGAAAUAUCUUGGGAUUUUUGCUGACCAUCUUUGCCAGCAACCCACAACAAGGAUCACAGACAGUGGUCUAUGCAGCUGUGGCUCCAGAGUUGGAGGAAGUUUCUGGGAAAUAUUUUUCGAAUUGCAAGGAAGAAAAAAUUAAUCCUGUAGGGAAGGACACCAAGGCAGCUGAGAGGCUGUGGCUUAUUAGUGAAAAAUGGACAAGAUUAGUGAGUUAAUGUUGGUAGUUCAUAGACCAGUCGGUAUAUAAUCUCCAGAUCUUUUCCAUUAGCAGUUAAAUUUAGAAGAGAAACAAGAUUGCAAAAACUGGAAAACUCUCACUCCUAGGAAGGACUGAAAAGACUGUAAACUACUUCUGAAUUUUGGACCAAAAGAUGCCAAUGUAUCCAUCAGCUGGAUGGGAAAUAUGACAGUUUUCUUUGAAUUACCAUAUUACAUAUGUAUGACACAAAUAUACCUUAUCAGCUUCUGAGAGGUGACCCAAAUCACUGAACUGGUAUCAAAAACAGCAAUGUUGCAUCUUCUGGCAGAUGAAUGAAAAUAAACAUCUCUCAUCUGAUCUUCAAACAUUUUAUUUUUUACUGGUGGCAUUUUGUAAAUAUACCAUCAUGACAG